UCGUCUUUCUUUCUCUUCCCCUCCACAACUAGCAUAAUGGCUUUGCCCUCAAAUUCAGGCUGGGCAUCACUUCUCAAAAAUCUUCUUGAUAUAAUUUGGUGCCUAUGGCGGACUGUAUCAGAUUCGUGCCGUUUGCAAGGAGUGGCAAUGUGUAGCAAUUGAAAAUUUUCAGCAAGUGCGCACUAACCACAAACAUGACCGUCCUCACCAACAACAGGUCCCAUUGCUGAUGGUUCCCACAGACAAUAGCACGGAUAGGCGUUGUUUAUAUGAUGUCACACGAAAAAGUCUCUGCGAGUUUCAGUAUUACAAUAUAAGGUGUGGCGGAUGUUCUCAUGGUUGGUUGAUUCUGGUGGAAGAGUCCUUUGAGGUAACCCUCUUCAACCCAUUCUCUGGAAAAGCCAUUCAUCUUCCGCCUCUCAAAAGAUUAGUAUUUGAAAAACGUUAUCGGGAUGAAUUUGAUGAAAUGUCAGCUCUUCCUCAUCUUCAAAUGGUUGAAUACGAAAAGCGAAUGCGAGAAGAAUGUGAUGAAGAUGAAAUAGAACUUGAAGGACAUAACCAAGAGGAAGAAGAGGAAGAAGAGGGCGAAGGAGAAAUUGAACAAGUUGAAGGAGAUGCGGAUUUUAAGGCUGAAAGAUUGCACCAGAGCGACUAUUCAAUAGUAAGGGGUGUAUUAUCAUCCGAUCCUGAUGUGAACAUGAAUGAUUAUGUACUCAUGGUAAUAUAUGGUUCGCAGGAAAGACUAGCACUCAUCAAAUCAGGUGAUAAACAUUGGACUUACAUUGACAAAAAUGUUUGCGGUUUCUUUAAAAGCACCUAUUCCAAAUGUAUGGUGUUCCCUGACAGAGGGUUAUGGCAUUGGAAAGAUAUCAUUUGUAGCAAUGGGUUAUUCUAUGUAUUAGACCACCUCGGUGUGCUUUUAUCUUGUGACGUGAGUAGCAAUUUGAAAUUGAAAAGGUUUACUGAACUUGAUACCGAUACUCUCCACCGGAAUGCCCGUCACAAAACAUAUUUGGUAGAAUCUCCCGAAGGAGAUCUCUUACGAGUUAUAAAGAUAGGUGAUGAUGAAGAUGAUAGUAUGACCACCAUUGGAUUCAUGAUUUAUAAGUUAGUAGAUUCUUUAGAGAAUCCAAAAUGGAGCAGGGUUCGUAGCUUGGGCGAUGUUUCCUUAUUUUUGGGAGACAACCAUUCAACUUCUGUCAGAGCUUCUGAUUUUACAGGAUGUCAGCCAAAUUCCAUAUUCUUUUGUGAUGAUUACUUCGAGUACUAUUAUUUACGUGGAGGCCCUACUGACAUCGGUGUGUGUGAUUUACAUGAUGGAACGAUUAGAAGACAUUAUUCACUCCAUUCUUCCCAGAAGUUGAUGCCACCCCCGCUUUGGAUUUUGCCUAAGUUUGUAUGUAGCCAUAUUUCUUCUUGA